UCAAAUCAAAAUGGUGGACGGUAAAAAACACAAAAAAACCAAACAAAUUAUCUAAGAUAACACAAAACCACACACUUUGUUUUAAAAUCUAUGAGGCAAUAACUUCCAAAUCUGAUAUUUAAUUUUGCAGAAAAAUGUUAUCAGCGAUCUGGGAAAAUGAUACCCUUGCCACUAAACUUUGUAGGCCAUGUUGUUAUAAGGUCCAUGGUCACCAUGGUGUCUCAGUUUUUUUUAAAAUCGAUUUCAUGGUAAACUGUUCCCGGAAAUAAAACAAAAUGUAUUGCCUGAAUGAAAGUAACAACCUAAAAUAAUUAAUCUGUGGGACUGACUUGUCAUGACUAAUACUAAUGUAUCUUUUUCUAGAUGUGAAAAAAUCGCAAAGUAAACCUCUAAUAAUGUUAAACAUUAAAAGUCAAGAAGUCUUUACAGAUACAAGAAUAAACUAUGAAACAGCAAAAUGCGUUUGUAAAGAUUUAAAUGGACACAAGUUUAUUUCCAAUUUACUGACAGUCAUAGGAAAUUUGUUCGAUAGAACUGAAUACAGUGAUCUAAAGAUUUUAUUGAAUGGUAAUAGAACUCUAUAUGGUCAUAAAGUGAUUUUGUUAGCACAGAGCGAUGAUUGGGAUGGUGUUGACCUUAACCAUGGAGAACAGUUAAAUCUUACUGAUAUUAAAUAUGAAGUGGCGUAUGCUAUGAUCAAGUGGGUUUACACACAAGAAAUACAUGCAGAGGAAGACAUACCUUUUCUUCUACAACUACUACAGGAAUCCAUUAACUAUAAGCUACUGGCUCUCAAUAACAGAUGCCAGAAAGAAUUGAUCAGUUUGGUAAAUCUUGAAAAUUGUCAAGGACUUUACGAGACAGCAGAAACAAUAUCAGCUCAGCUGCUGAAAGAUUACUGUUUAAAACUGAUUUCUGCACAACAGAAUGAAAUCGAGGAAGAAUCUCUAGCUUGUCUCCCUCCAGUAGAAUUCACGUCUGUUCAAGUCAAAAGUGCAACAGAGUCUCAACAUAAAUCCAAACCUAUUGUAUUGUCAGCCAAAGAUAAUUUUAUUCGCUGUAUUUGUGAAUAUAAACAUGAAGAUGGAUAUAUGAUUUGUUGUGAUUUGUGUUGUGUAUGGCAACAUAUGAAUUGUAUGGGUAUAGACAGAAGUGAUAUACCAGAUGUAUAUUAUUGUGAACAAUGUCAAAUUAGACCAGUUGAUGUACAACAAGCUAAAUUAUUACAGGCAGAAAAUCUGAAUGUUUCUUCAGACCAAGAUUCAGAUGUGACAGAGACUGAUGAAUUAGGUUUAAUAUCGUUUGUUGAUCAGAAAAAUUAUGUGGUAAAUACGGAGAGAAAAGAGAAUAUGGCUCAACAUAAGAAUAUUGAAUUGCAAACUAAAAAUAUUGAAGACAACGUUCAAGUGAUUGUUAGAGUCAACACAAAAUGUAGCGAAAAGAAAUAUUCACAAAAUGUUCACAAAUGUAAAAUAUGUGAUAAAGCCUAUCGCCUGAAACGUUCACUAAGAAAACAUGUCCAGAAACACACAGCAAAGAAAGUUAACAAUUGUGAACUAUGUAAUAAAAGUUAUUUUACUAAAGGAGAAUUGCAGGAUCACACCCGAGUUCAUACCGGGGAGAAACCAUUUAUUUGUGAUUUCUGUGGUAAAACGUUCACGCAUCGUAGUAAUUUACACACACAUAUGAAAAUUCAUAGUGGAAUACGACCAUACGUCUGCCAGAUUUGUAACAUGUCCUUUCUCAGUAAAGGUCAUCUACGACGACAUGACUUAAUUCAUACCGGUGAAAAAGCUUUUAGUUGUGAAAUAUGUUUGAAACCAUUCAGUAAAAAGGAUCAUUUAAAAGGACAUAUGAGAACCCAUACCAAAGAGAGACCAUAUCCCUGCGAAAUUUGUGGGAAAUGUUUUUCGUCAAACAGUAAUCUUCAAAAACACCUUCGUAUUCAUACAGGGGAUAGACGUUUUAAAUGUGAAUUUUGCGAGAAAGCUUUUAUACAGAGACAUACGUUACAAAAACAUCACCGAAUGCAUACAGGUGAAAAACCUUUCAUAUGUGAUGUUUGUGGUAAAUCUUUUACAAUGAAUAGUUAUUUGAAGAGACAUCAGCGAAUUCACAAUAAGGAUAAACCCUAUUGCUGCCAUAUUUGUCAGAAAUCUUUCAAUGAUGAAAGACUUUUACAAACACAUAUAAAAAUUCAUACUGGGGAAAGAUCUUGUGUGUGUAAUAUAUGUGAUAAAUCAUUUCUAACAACAAGUCAUUUACAGAGGCAUAUUAAAAUACAUUUAUAAAUACAAAUGAUAAUACCCAAAUGAUAUUUAAUGUGAGAGUACAAAUAGAACCACCUGGAUUUGUUAAUCUGUAUUUAAAUAUAUUCUAAUGAUGAUUCUUGUAUAUUAACUAAUAUAACACAAAACAAUUCUAUCUUAAAGAUCACUACAUUAUAUAACAUAUAAGAUUUCAACAAGAUUUCACUGGUCGUUAUCAAGCAUACAACUUCUGACAGUGUUAUAUAUAGGUACAUUGAACAAUAAUAACAGAACCCAGAAGUUAGCAACCAUGACACUGUCACAAUUUUUGUCCUCAUUUGUAAGCUGUAUGCUUGAUAACGACCAGUGAAAUCUUAUCGAAAUGUUAUAUAAUAUAGUGAUUGUUAUCCAUAGAACUGUUUUGUGUUAUAUUAUGUUCUAUUGCUAAAUGCUAUUCAAUGAUUAGAUUAAAUAUUAACUAACUUAUUAAAUAAUGGAAAUGACUAAUGUUGUUAUGAAUUUUCAGCACAUGCAUGAAAGAGUGAAAUGAAAUGGGGUUUAACGUCCCACUGUUUUGCUUCUACUGGGCUAAUGAAGAUGGUAUUAUGCAAUACAGUGUGCUAUGAAGGAAUUUUGCCCAGACAGUGCCACUACGGCCUACUCUUAUAUGGAAUUCCAAUUGCCAAGGGUUCUAUUACAUGCACGCCAAUGUGUACACAGGACCUUGGUUACUUGUCCCAACCUAACGACCAUACAUUGUCCUUUGUCAGGCCCUCCAACCUGCACCGCUGACAAAGUGGGAAACACGCUGGAAAAUCCUUAUGAACUUUGUCAGUCAACACAGGGAUUAAACAUGGUCCCGACUUCACAAAGCAUUCUCAGACUUAAAAAUUUACUUAAAUUUCAUUCACUGUUUUUGAGAAAUAUCUUUGACCUAGAUAAGAUACACAAAAUUUCUUAUUGAUAUAUAUUAGAUACAUUAAAACAAGAAAAGUUUUAUAAAGGGUUAUAUUUUAGUUAAAUUAAGAUGAACAAUUUUGAGUCAAUUCUAUAUGAACUCGGGGCCUGGUUAGAGAUUAUUUUUCUUCUUGGUCAAAUUAGAAACCCAGAUUCCAUUUCCGUCCCAUCAAGCAGAUCCUAAACUUGGUAAAAGAGAAGGGACAUUAACAUUCCUCGCAAACCUCUCAUCAGGAAUGGGCAUUUGUCUUCAUAAAGCACACUAAGUUAUCCCCCUUUCAUUAAAUGUUUAACAGAAAAUAAAACUCAUGUGUAGGUAUUGCCAAGAUUCCUGCCCACCAUCGGUCAACAAUUCUUGUAAAUGCUGAAUAUGUUUUGUUUUUUUUAAAAUUUAGAGUUGGAGGUGGUUGAGUAGAAACAGUAUGGAAAUUGGAUGUCACACAACAUUUUUUCACAGAGUUGUUGCCCCUUGUACACACACUAGCGUACUUUUAUUGUUCAGUUGAAACCUUUUAUACACUCAUAUUUUGUGUGGACAUAUUGCUGUCUCAUGAGUCUGUCCAACUUUUCUUAAGAAUGCACUUAUGUACACUACAGGUCUGGUCAGAUUUUUAAAAAAAUAAUUG